AUGACAUUGAGGAGGCCGGAUUCCGGCAAACAGCUGCGGAAGGAAAAGGUGGAGCAUUCCAAUGUGCGUGCCGACACCGAAGACGACGUGUCUCCAUUGAAUAAGCGUUAUCAAGACGUGGAGGAGCGUCGUCUGAAGGAGUGGGAAAAUUAUCAGAGAAGCCAUCGCUCGACGGAGGAGCAGCAAUCGUCGCGCGCAUUUUUGGACAUAUCUAUUGGCGAUGUUCUUGCUGGGCGACUAGUUUUGGAGCUCUUUGAGGAUACGGUUCCCAAUACGGUGCUCAACUUUCGGUCCUUAAUUACGGGAUCGUGUGGUGUGGAUCCCGUCACCGGCGUGAGACUGGACUACCUGUACACGCCAGUGCACCGUGUGGAUCGUGCGAGGAAACUCAUUCUUCUGGGCGAGCUGGAAUCUCUUAACGUCUCCUCCACUGGCACCCCCAUUCAGGACGAGGGGUAUGGAAAAUGCCACUCGGAGCGGGGGCUGCUUACCAUGGUCUCUGACGGUCCACACACAAGCGGCUCCGUUUUUGGUAUUACUUUGGGUCCCUCACGAUCUCUCGACUUUAAACAAGUUGUCUUUGGGAAAGCCGUUGACGAUCUCACGUUGCUGGAAAAGCUAGAGAGCCUUCCGCUCGAUGCUGUGGGUCAUCCCAUUGUACCAGCUGUAGUCACUUUUUGCGGCGCACUGACAGGUCCCAAGCCGUCCGGCAAGUUUGUAUGCACGAGGGAGGUCGAUGGGAACACGGUGGGUGAUGGCGCUGCUGCUGCUGCUGCUGAAAAAGAAGAAGAAGAGGGGUGA